AUGAAAUCUAAAGACAUAAUCCUGAGUGUUGCCUUCUUCUCCCAGACAGCAAUAGGGGUUCUAGGGAAUUCCUUCCUUAUUUGUCUCUUCAUCAGUGGACGUAGGGCAAGACCUAUAGACACUAUUGUCCCUCAGCUGGCCUUGGUCAACUGUUUGAUGCUUCUUUCAAAGGGCAUCCCUCAGACAAUGGCAGCUUUGGGUCUGAUGAAUUUCCUCAAUGAAAUUGGCUGUAAAAUUAUUUUCUACCUUCACAAAGUAUCUCGGGACCUUUCCCUCAGCAUGACCUGCUUCCUGAGUGGUUUUCAGGCCAUCACCAUCAGCCCCAGCACCUCCAAUUGGGCAGGGUUUAAAGGUAGAGUGCCAAAAUACCUCCUUCCCUCCAGCCUACUCUGUUGGACUUUUCACCUGGUUUUUUCCAGCUAUAUUCCUUGGGGAAUUAAGGGGCCAAGGCAAAACAGAAACAUCACUGAGAUACAGCAUCAUGGAUAUUGUUCUCAUAAACUUCCUUCUGGAUUUCAUGCCUCAUUUGUUGCGACCUUUCUCUCCCUCCUUGAUGCUAUGUAUGUGGGACUCAUGGUCUCUUCCAGUGGCUACAUGGUGAUUCUCCUAUAUAGGCAUCACAAGAAAGUCCAGCAAAUUCACAUUACCUGCUUCUUCCCUCGAGCCUCCCCUGAGACCAGGGCCACCAAAACUAUCCUGCUUCUAGUGAGCACCUUUAUUUCUUCUUACUUAAUCAAUUGUGUCUUGACAGCAUAUAUGUCAGUUAUUAAAUCCCCACUCUGGUUGAUACAUGCCUCUGCUUUCCUGACUUCAUGUUUCCCAGCUGUUAGUCCCUAUGUGCUGAUCAGCAGUGACUCAGAAGUUCCCAGGUACCUCUAUGCUCUAUGUGGGAGGAACACCCCACAUUUUGACUAUGAUAAAAGAUUGAUAUCCUCCGUCCGAGGUGACUUGCUGAAAGCUCCAGUUAGAGGAAAUCAAUCACUAUAUCAAUGA